CGGAUAUGUAUAUUUCAUGUUUUGUAAGACGGUCACAUAUUGAGACUUCAAAAAAUUUAAUUUUGUCGAUCGAUACCACUACAAUUUUUUUUUUAAAAAUCUUUACACGAUUUCGUAUUCAAAUAGGCCAGUAAUACAUAUUAAGAUUUAAAGGAUUAUUUCAUCAUAAACAGGACAAAAAAUGUGACCAUUUAUCUCUGGAUGUAAUUUUUCAUAAGUUAAAAAAACUGAACUAGAAUAUGAGGACGAUACAUGUACUUUGGAUUUUAGUAUGUUUUCAAGGGAUUAAAGGCGAGACUUCCCUUGUUCCAGACAUCACGUGCUUAGAAAAUAAUCCGAAGAAGUAUACUGAGAUACCAAGAUCAUGCGAGACUGAUCCAAAUGUAAAAGAUUCAAGCUGUUAUCUUUGUAACAAUGCAUGUAAACGUGUUGAAGAACUCGAAAGAUUGAAGAAGGAAGACAAAAGGUUGAAAUGUGGAAAAUGGAUCAAAAUAAACUGUUGUUUACUAUCAAGCAUGUUAAAUAAACAAAGCCGGACGGACGGAUGUGAGUAUCGCUGUUAUGGAACGGAUGAGUCAGCAGAACCUCAACUGUUCUGUCCUGAACCGGUAGGUCUAAUGUGUCAAUCUUUUACUUGUGAUUUGACUUUUCGUGAUGGUAGAUCUAUAAUCAAUUAUGAAGAGGAACAUAAAGAUGCAUCUCGGUCCAUAAGUUGUGCUGCUGGUCAUAGAUAUAGAUGCGUUUGCACCAAAACUACAGAAAACACGAUUGCCAAACUACAAGAAGAUAAUCCACCUAAACCGUCAGAGACGUUAGCUGCACCAAGGUCUAGUCAUGCUCCACGGGACCAAUCCUCAUUCCAGAUUGUUUUCAUGCGUUUGAUGGUGAAUAUCUUGGCUAUAAGACUUAUUGCAACACUGAUAACAAUUUGAAAAAAAAAUGAAUUGCCUUAACUGGGAUUCGAACUUCAGACCUCUAGUUUCCUAAACGAGCGCGCAAACCCCUCGUUCACGGUGGAUUUACAUCAUACUGGCCUGAAGAAAACCUACUCCAGUUGAACAAUUUAUGUAUAUAUAUAUAUAUAUAUAUAGAUAUAUUUUAGUUAUAUUUUAAAAUGACUCAUGAGCCAAUAUGUAUUAGAUAAUAAUAUCACUUAAAUUAUCAUUUGAAUUUCCAUGGUGUCUUUAUAAAUAUAAAUAUUUUUUUAAAUAGUUACUAAAUAUUGUUUUAAACAGGUACUAUGUUAGUUUUACUUAUCUCAAGUUAUCUGUACAUAUUGCUCUUUUUCUCUGUAUUGUUGUACAAUCAUAUCAUUUUUUGCUUUAUCAAUCAUUACUUCAAUUUAAUUGAUCUAUUUUAAUAAUAUUUGUGUAUAUAUGUUGUGUAUAUGUUGUGUACAUGUAAACUGAUUGUAAUAAUGUUAUGCUGAGGCCCACAUGGAAGAUCGGGAACUGAAUGUGUAAGCCUCGUUAAAUAAAGUCGUUACUUACUUACUUACUAUAUAUAUAUAUAAUUCUAGUUAGGGUUUGUAACGACGCUUAUUGUUGUAAAUAAUCAUGGCGCUUACUUUAAGUAUGUAUAUCUAUAAAGAAUAAAACAAUAUUAGAAAUCUUCGA